AUGCGACCCAAAAAAGUGGCUAUCAUCGGAGCCGGCCCAUCCGGCCUGGUCACCGCAAAAACACUGUUGCAUAAUUUCCCAGGGAAAUUCGCUCCAGUUGUAUUUGAUAGUCGAUUUGAAGUCGGUGGUCUCUGGAACACCGGUGCUGCCCCCACUAAAGCUCGAGAUGCUAGUGACCCGGUGACUUUGGAUCCCCGGAUGCGCACGAAUCUCAGCCGUUUCACAGUGGCAUUUUCUGAUCUCGCUUGGGAGUCCGUGAUUGAAGAUGAUGACAUUCCAAUAUUUCCGCAAGCCAGCCAAGUUGGCCAGUACUUGGCAUCCUAUGCCCAGCGCUAUAUUCCCAAGGAUGCUUUUAGGUUAGGGAGCUAUGUGAGGCAGACUAAGCGAUUGGUCCAACCUGGUUCGUCUACGAAAUGGAGAGUGUUCUGGGACCAGAAAAGUGCCCAAUCAGUUCAACAUGAGCAAACACAAGCAAUAAACUCAGAGAAAUCGGAGGAUUUUGAUUACCUGGUAGUCGCAUCUGGAUAUUUUGCUCGCCAGUAUAUACCAGACAUACCAGGGCUAGCGCAAUUCAAUGGCCGGGUUGUGCACAGCUCAGCUCUCGCCAAAGGUCACGAUGCCGCAAAUGAUGAAGACCUCUCUCUCGGAAAUAUUCUCGUCCUCGGAGGAAGUAUGUCUGGCGUGGAAUCCGCAUCGACAUUUGCGCUGCAUCGUUCUAAUUCAAGAUUUCAUGAUGCGAAUCGGGGAGCAAAUACGUCAGCAGGACAUUCAAUCUAUCAUGUAUCGUCACGACCAUUUUGGACAUUACCAACUUAUCUCCCACAUACCCUCCCUUCUUCCACUGUUUCAUUUCUCCCACUCGACUUGACAAUGUACGAUUUGGAUCGCCGACCCGCCGGUCCAAUAGAGUACUAUCUUGGACCCAUUCCGAAAGAAAAGGCAGCGAAAACAAAUGAAUACUUCCGAUCAUUACUUGGCGCAGAAUACGAGAAAUUCGGACACGUGCAUCAGGAGGGACCAGAAGCUUCGAGUUUGAGUCCGCCGUGGGUAGCUAUAGGUAACGACUAUGCUGGAUUCGUUCGGUCAGGAACGAUCGUACCGAAGAUGGGCCGAGCUGUGACCAUCCACCCAGAUCCUGCCAAAAAGCUAGCAGCCGUCCAGAUUGAGACCGCAGAUGGCGAAUCGAUAACAUUGGAGAACAUUGCUUCCAUAGUGAUGGCAACCGGAUUCACCCCAUUUGAAUCAAUAUCUUUCCUACCUGAAGAUGUCUUGUCGACCCUGGAGUAUACAACCGAUGACUCAUUCCUCCCCCCUGGUCCUGAGAUCAGGAUCCCUGAUCUCGGCUUCGUCGGAUACUAUCGUGGUCCCUACUGGGGUGCUAUGGAGAUGCAAGCACGAUUCCUCGGCAAGACAUGGGCCCAAGAACCCCAUGAGCUCGCUACGACCGAGUCGCAGAUGCGAAAUAUUCGACUUCUGAGACAGCCAGCCACACAGACUUGGCGAGGUCAAUUUCCGAUGGGCGACUAUGUAGGGCUUAUGGAAACAUUUGCCAAGGACCUGGAAAUUGAACGCACUCGUUUACAAGAUGUAGAGGGGCCCGGUCCUGUGAUACCUGCUCGGUAUAUCUACAAUGAUCUAUCUUCCACUGAUGGUCAGAAACAGGGCAUAGGGAACAGCGAUGCGAAGUUAACUCUGGAUUCUUUGUCCUUGCUCGGCCUUUGUGGCACUGGGGAUAUCAAUACUCUUGAUUCCCAGACAUGCAUAGCGACGGCCAUAUUCAGAGCCCUUCAUGGAGAAUGGAAAUAUACCAAGAGGGGAUAUAUCGGCGAAAUUGCUGGAACUGUUGCAUUUCAUCCACGGUACCCCACAGAUCCUGCAUAUGAUAGGGAGUAUGUAUGUGAGGAGCUACUUUCGGAGUCUGCCGAUAUUACAUACAACACAAAGCAAUCCAUCUGGCGAUUGUCCGAGGCAGGCGGCACCGGUUUCCCCAUCCAGAUAUACCCCAUGGACGAAUGUGGUUCGGAAAUUCCAACCACAAAUCAUUUGAAGCUGCACUCUGCGCAACAUGGAAAAAGUGGCAAUGUUGGGCCGAAUCCGACAGUAGAUAUCGCAGUCGACCAUCGGCCUGAUUAUGCUCUCCAAGACAACACGUUUUACUACAAAUUCUGGUUUGAUGGCGUUUCUAUCUCGAGGUGGGAGAUUUCUCGUACGGAAGAUCAUGUGGUAUCAGAUGGGCCGAUGGCCUCGAUUAUCUACACCAGAGUCUAG